AUGCAACAACAAUAUGCACAAGUCCAAUCACAACAAAAAUUCCAAACACAGGCAGUGAAAUCAGUAUCUCAAAUUGACGAGCAACAACAAUUACAAAAGAGUGGUUCCGUGUUUGUACCAUAUCAGCAUGAACAACCAGUGAGCGUUCAUUCUGUAGAUGGAUAUCAGCAGCAACAAUCUGAAGGCUCAUACAUUAACAGGCAACAAUUUUUGCAAACAGGAACUGUUAAUACUGCUCAUCCGGCUGUUGUUGGUUAUCCUGCACCUUAUCAAGCUGGAUAUGCGUCAAAUUUUAUUCAGAAGCAAGAUUGUUCUGCAGGACCAAGUAAUAGCUCGAUCGGAAUAUCAUCACCAUAUCAACAACAGCCUUAUUUAACACAUCCUUAUAAUAUAACUCGACAACAGCAGCAACACCAACACAUUUAUCGUGAACUUUUCGAGUGCGAUCAACAGUUAGCUUCUUUAAUACCACAAGUGCAGCAGAAUCCAGAGCUGGCAAUAAGGGUGGAAAAGAUUCAAAUUCGAAGGCAAUAUUUACAUGCACAAUUGAUGCAAAUUAAUUACGCAAUGAAUACUGCAGUAUCUGCUGCAAUGGGCUCUGAAACAGCGCAUGGCCAACUGCACUCUACAGAAAUGCAUUUGUCCACGACUUCUCAUUCUGUCAUACCACCGCAGUUAGCUGGACAAUAUUCACCACAUUACAGUGGGCAAUCAUCCCAGCAUCAUUUCUCAGCUGGUCACCAACAGAAACUAGUAAAUCCUAAUUUAAAUCCAUACUCGCAGCAGCAAAAUAGCAUCCAGCCCCACUUUUCUUCGCAACAAUAUCAUCCAGCGCCUCCAAUACCCCCGGCUCCUUAUCACUCCAACACUGUUUGUGCAAAUGUGGUUCAGCAGCCGUUGUCACCACGUCAGCACCAACACCAACAACCGAUUGCAUCGCUUCAGCAAUACAUUCCUCCUCUUCCAAGUAUGUCCUCGCCAUCAGUAGCGGUUAUGUCUGCAUCUAAUCAAGUGCAAGUUAACAUUCGCCCUGAAGUCCCUGGUCGGACUCUGAUCAGUGUCUACCACGGUCAAGAUUUACAACCAAACAUAGCGCAACCUGCUAUAUCGACUGUAGCAGCAGAUAUGCAGCAAUCGAUGAAUUAUGACUCACAAAGGCAGUAUCAAUUUCCAAAUCAUGGUGAUCAGCAGCAAGAUCCGUCAGCCAAGGAUUCUAUUCCUCCUGAACCGUUGCCACCGAAUUUGUCACGUGAGCAUAAGCGCCGUCAGCAACAACAAAAAUUACAAGAAGAACAAGUAAAGUGUCUCGAUCAACCAUGUUUCCAAUCACCUGAUACUAUUCGACAGAAUAUUUUACCAGAGUCGGAAAAUAGACUACCGUCACCUCCUUCACCCCCUAUGUCUCUGACGAGCGUUAGUCUGAGCUUUCUGGCUUGCGAAACAACAGCAAAUUUUUCCAAAACCUUUCCCAUUUAUUUGCUUGAAGUAGUUGAGGCUACAUAUGAAGCGUCAAGGCCUCUUAUUCAAAUUGCGGAACAGAACAUGGAGAAAUUAGAAGUGGAAACAACUAUUGAAUUUAAUGAUAAUGAAGCUACAUCAUCAGAACAACUUGAUAUGGUUCCAGAAGAAUUGGAAGUCACUUGUAAUGAUAAACGAACUGAUAUUGUUGAACAAAUUCAAGAAAGACAUUUACAGCCACAAAGUUCUUUGAAAAAAUCUGAACUUUUAAGCGAUAAAUCACUUGACGAAGAAGAUAUUAAUGAAGAAACUGGGAGUUAUGAUGUUAUUAUUAACAAAAAAGAAACAAAAAGGGGAAUAAAACGGCGAUUUACAGAUGACAGUGAUUGUUUAGAAGCUGAUAAGGUUUUGAACGUACAGAAACCAGAGGUGGAAACAACUAUUGAAAUAAAAAGUGAACAUUUAAUUCAAUCUACGUCUGAGACUAAAUUGGAAGAAGGAACUUCUGAAAAGCUUGAAGAAUCUACAGUUGAGGAAUUUCAACAAGGUGACUCUUCAACAAAUGAAACUACUCCUGUUGAUGAUUUUGCAUUUUCAUUUCAAACAACAAGUAAUGAUCCUUAUAAUUCUUUUGCUGCGACUCGCCAAAGCGGGAAAACUACAAAACCAAGACGAAAGAAGCGUUUAAUUUUGGAUUGGAACAAACCUGAUGAUGAGGAUUAUGUCACUGGUAGAAGUGAAAAAAGACCUAGAAUUAAUAAGAGGGCGAGUGUUAAAAGAAAGUCUGGAUCUUCUUUUACGACAGAUGAAGCAUGUUUGGAUGAUUUGAAGUUGGAUAGUGAAUUCUUUGUUGAAAAAAGGUCAUCACGUAAAAAGGAAAUUGAUAAAAAGACAAAUUAUGGAGAGGAAAGUGACAAUGAAUAUGAAAUUCGAAAUCCUUUGCCUGAACAAAAGGAAACCAAAGAAAGCCGAAUUGUUGAGAGGAUUUUGGGCGUUCGAUUUGCAAAAAGGACGGUUUUGAAUAACGAUCUUACGGAUAAAAAAGAUGACCUAAAGUUAGAUGAUAAUGAAAAAAUAGUUGACACUGAAACUCCUUUAAAAUGUAAUGAGGAAGUAUGCGGUGUUUCUGAAAAAUCAAAUAAAGAAAUCACAGAUGAACCAACAAAAACUGAAAAUUCUAACGAAAAGGAUGCAAAUGAAACAAAAUUGCCUAUUCAGGAUGGCGAAACAAUUCCAAAUAAAGAAGCUCUGCAGAUUAUGGAUUCUGAAAAAAUUAUAGAUUCUGAAAAUGUUGAAGAAGUUUAUGUAAAAUUCAAAGGACUAUCUUAUUUGCAUUGUGAAUGGAAAACGAUUCAAGAGCUCGAAGCUUUGGGAGACAAACGCGUGGCUUCCAAAUUGAAUCGAUGGAAAUUAAAAUUUGGAAAUGAUUCCACUACUGCUGUGGAUGUUCAAGAGGAUGAUGAGGAUCAACGCGAUUUUUUUAAUGAGGAUUACACUGUCGUCUCCCGUGUCCUUGAUGAAACCUACGACAAAAAGGAACAGCAACAAUAUGUACAUAUUUUAAUCAAUAAUGUACACUGA